AUGGACCCAACGGAAGAUCCAGAGGAUAUUUUGCGUGCCAAUCGGUCGAGGGAGAAAACGUUCAUUUUUGACAUGGUUUUUGGCCCUCAAGCAACCCAGGAGGAGGUGUAUGUGUCCACUACUAAAAGCCUCAUCGAAGGUGUCAUCUCGGGAUACAAUGCUACCAUUUUUGCAUAUGGGCCCACAGGAGCUGGGAAAACCUACACUAUGCUGGGGAUGGAUUCAGAACCUGGAAUAUACAUCCGUACUCUCCAUGAUCUCUUUCAAGCCAUUGAGGCCACAGGAGAUGACCAGAAUUAUUUGGUCUGCAUGUCGUACCUGGAGGUUUAUAACGAAAUUAUCCGUGAUCUCCUGAAUCCAUCCACGGGCUGUCUUGAGCUGAGAGAAGAUUCCAAAGGGUGCAUCCAGAUUGCAGGAAUAACGGAAGUCUCAACGACAAAUGCCCAGGAAGGCCCGUUGAGAGCAUUGGUGGAUAUCGGAAACAGCAGCCCGUUACUCACUCGAAGAAGGCAGGAAAGCCGAAAUAACCACAACUGUCAGAAAAGCCACGGUGAUCAUCCAGCUCAGAAGGAUCGUCUUUCACUCAGAUGGCGAGAUACAGGAGGACAGACGGUUGGUGGACUGUCUGAAUGGAAGUAGCAGCGACUCUGGGUUUACGCUGUGGCCCCUGAACCAAAGGACCACCCAUACAACCAGUGGUGGGAUUCAAAGAAUUGAACAACCGGUUCUCUGCCCUAAUGAUUCCUUCCAACAACCAGUUCACCAAACUGCUCAGAAAGUUAACAACCGGUUCUCCCAAAGUGGUGCGAACUGGCUGCGAACUGCCCACCACUGCAUACAACCCUAAGAACAAGAGUCCCACUCCACUGGAUUCAGCUAAGGCCAUCGGAAGUCUCUCAUGGUGGCCAGCCAGAAGCUUCUGAGAUAUAAUAAUAAUAAUAAUAAUAAUAAUAAUAAUAAUAAUAAUAAUAAUAAUAAUAAUAAUAAUAAUAAUAAUAAUGAGUCUGUCAUUUGCACCUCUAUAACUGUCUGGUUCGGUUCUGCAACCCAACCAGAAAAACACAGACUUCAGAGGAUAAUUAGAACUGCAGAAAAAAUAUUUGCUACCAACCUGCCUUCCAUUGAGGAUCUGUAUACUGCACGAAUCAAGAAGAGGGCCGUGAAAAUAUUUGCAGAUCCCUCGCAUCCUGGACAUAAACUGUUUCAACUCCUACCCUCAAAACGACGCUAUAGAGCACUGCACACCAGAACAACUAGACACAAGAACAGUUUUUUCCCGAAGGCCAUCACUCUGCUAAACAAAUAAUUCCCUCAACACUGUCAGACUAUUUACUGAAUCUGCACUACUAUUAAUCGUUUCAUAGUUCCCAUCACCAAUCUCUUUCCACUUAUGACUGUAUGACUAUAACUUGUUGCUGGCAAUCCUUAUGAUUUAUAUUGAUAUAUUGAUCAUCAAUUGUGUUGUAAAUGUUGUACCUUGAUGAACGUAUCUUUUCUUUUAUGUACACUGAGAGCAUAUGCACCAAGACAAAUUCCUUGUGUGUCCAAUCACACUUGGC